AUGGAUGUCACAGCUGUCCUAGAGAGCACCUUCGCAGCAGAUGCAACCAUCCGUGGCAAUGCCGAAGAGCAACUAAGACAAGCCAGCGAGGGAAAUUUUUCCGAAUACCUGUCCAUCCUAUCCCACGAACUUGCCAACGAACAAGCCAGCGGUCCUGUCCGACAAGCCGCUGGUCUGGCCUUGAAAAAUGCCUUCUCCUAUCGUGACAUCACUCGAUUAAGAGAGGUCCAGGCGAGGUGGUUACAAGGCGUCGAUCCUCAAAUCAAGAGACAGGUCAAGGAACUGGCCGUCAAGACAUUGAGCGCCAUACCCGCGGCCGCCCUGUCAGCAGCCCAGCUCAUCGCGGCCGUUGCGGCCAUCGAACUCCCCCGCAAUGAAUGGCCUGAUCUGCUGCCCACGCUGGUCCACAAUGUCGGAGCCGGCGAAGACAAACUCAAACAAUCCAGUCUGACCACGAUCGGCUUCAUUUGUGAAUCGGACGACCUCGAGCUCCGCGAGUCCCUAGUUGGCUAUUCCAACGCCAUUCUCACUGCCGUGGUUCAAGGUGCGAGGAAAGAGGAGGCCAACCAGAAUGUCCGACUUUCAGCCCUGUCCGCCCUCAGCGAUGCAACCGAGUUCAUCCGCAGCAAUUUCGAGAAUGAAGGCGAGAGAAACUACAUCAUGCAGGUGGUGUGUGAGGCUACACAAUCUCAGGACACUCGAGUCCAAGCCGCAGCGUUCGGCUGCCUGAACCGAAUCAUGGGCAUUUAUUAUGACAAGAUGAGAUUUUACAUGGAAAAGGCCCUGUUUGGCUUGACCAUUGCAGGCAUGAAGAACGACGAGGAAGACGUUGCCAAGUUGGCCAUCGAAUUCUGGUGUACCGUCUGUGAAGAGGAGAUUAGCAUUGAAGACGACAACCAGCAAGCUCAACAAGAAGGCUCGACGGAACUGCGGCCUUACUUCCAUUUCGCCCGCGUCGCGGCCCGGGAGGUCGUGCCAGUGCUGCUUCAGCUGAUGACCAAGGUAUCUGAGGACGAUGCGGACGAGGAGUACAACGUCGCACGCGCCGCCUAUCAAUGCCUCCAGCUGUAUGCUCAGACUAUUGGUGGUGAGAUAGUCCCCACAGUUCUGGAAUUCGUCGAAGAGAACCUUCGAAACGAAGACUGGACUAGGCGAGACGCUGCGGUGUCUUCAUUCGGUGCGAUCAUGGACGGUCCCGAUAUCAAAACCCUGGAUCCUCUCGUCAAGCAGGCGCUUCCGGUUUUGAUCGGAAUGAUGCAAGACCCGGUGGUGCAAGUCCAAGAUUCAGCAGCAUACGCCCUCAGCAGAAUCUGCGAUUAUUGCUCCGAGUGCAUUGAUCCAUCGACACAUCUUCAGCCACUCAUGUCUGCUCUCUUCAAUGGGCUCAUGGCCAAUCCUAAGAUUGCCGCGUCUUGCUGCUUGGCUCUAUUAAAUCUGACCGAGCGAUUUGUGGGUGAUGACGGGGCUUCGGCAAAUCCACUUACACCGCAUUUCCAAGACAGCGUCACGUCUUUGCUCGCAGUCACGGAUAAAGAGGGAGCCAACAAUCAGCUCCGAACAGCUGCUUAUGAAGUACUGAGCGGUUUCGUCACCAAUGCUGCUCAUGACAGCUUGCAAAUCGUUGCCGAACUAUCAAAUGUCAUCAUCCAACGGCUCGAGGCCACGAUCCCCAUGCAAAAGCAGAUUGUCAGCAUCGAUGACAAGAUCACUCUUGAAGAACUGCAAGUUAGCUUGAGCAGUGUCCUGCUCGCGAUUGUCCAGAGACUUGAGCAGAACAUUGCUCCUCAAUCUGAUCGUAUCAUGCAGAUCAACUUGGAAAUCCUCAAUGUCACCGGCACCACCGCCGUCCCCGAAGUCAUCUUCCAAAUCGUCAGUGGCCUGGCAAAUGCGUUGGUUGGAGAUUUCCUCAAAUAUAUGGACUCAUUCGUUCCAUAUCUAUACAACGCCCUUGGUAAUCAGGAUGCCCCUGACAUGUGCUCCUUGGCUAUUGGCCUUGUCAGCGACAUCGUCCGGGCAUUGGAAGACAAGGCUCAACCGUACUGCGAUACGUUUAUGAACUAUCUUCUCAACAACCUAAGGUCUGACAAGCUCACCAACUCGCUCAAACCACCUAUCUUGGAAACAUUCGGCGACAUUGCAACCAGCAUCGGUGUACAUUUCGAGACCUAUGUGACAGUUGUUGCGCAAGUCCUCCAGCAGGCAAAUAAUGUUUCGGUGGCGAAUGACGUCUCGUUCGACAUGUUGGAUUAUAUCGUGUCUCUUCGCUCUGGAAUUGCAGAUGCUUGGUCGGGGUUGAUUCUGGCCUUCAAGGGCACACCGAAAGCUCCGCUUCUUGAAAACUAUGUGCAGCCAAUCUUUGAGUUUUUGCAGACUGUCGCUCAAGACCUCAACCACAAUGAAGGUCUGCUUAGAGCUUGCAUGGGCAUCAUCGCUGACCUGAGUGAGACCUUCCCCGAUGGAGCUUUGGCGAAUUAUUACCGGCAAGAAUGGGUCACCAAACUCAUCAAGGAAACUCGAAGCAACCGUGACUUCUCCCCUCGAACCAUCGGUGCAGCACGUUGGGCAAGAGAACAAGUCAAACGCCAGAUUCAACAACAUCAAGGUACUAUCAUGAAUGCUUCAUGA